CGUCCAGUGUAGCAAACGUAUAUUUUGUGGCUCGAUCUAUUCGUCCGUUUUUUCCCCCACCACCGUCCUUGCUGUGUGUCUCUCUUCUGUGUUCUGUUCCUCCGGGAGUUGUCCAUCGAUCUAUCGAAAGAAUCUUCACUGCUCCGCACAAUGUCGACCAGCGCUAAGGCAAAGCCAGGCUUGGCAGUGAUGAGCGGACUGGGAGCAUCACCAGAAGGUAGCGGCGACGCUGCCACGAUGCCAUCACCGCUCAUCAGGAAGAUCUCACCGAACGGGGCCAGCACGCAGGACGUGUCGUUCGAGGCGUACAAACAGCCGAAGCACAAGUCCAAACGUCGCAGCUUUUCACCGAUGGUACACCAAGCACCGCUGGCAUCGCCCGAUCUGUCGCCGAUCGAACUGAGCCAAACGUUCCGCCUGUCACCGAGACUCAACACACCCCGUACCGUGCCACAGAUCGUGGGUGGACAACAGCAGCCCGGCAAACCACUGCUUCUAGCUAAACCGCCGAAACCGAGGACGCACAAGAAACUGUCACCGAAGGAGGAUGAUUCCGGGCUGUCGACACCCGUUGUGAAGCGCGAGUUGGAGCACCGUAUCUGCGUUUCGAACAUUCUGCACGACAUGGGGCUGUCGAAGUACAUGCGCAUCUUCACCAACGAGGAGAUCAACUUCGAGGUGUUUCUUACGCUGUGCGAAAAGGAUCUGCACGACAUUGGCAUCCACUGUCAGGAGGAUAUCGAGAAGAUUCUGGCUAAAAUUACUGAUUACAACAUGAGUGGUGAUGCUUGAGAUCGAGCGGCCUCCGCCGCCGUAUGGUGGCUCGCUGUUAUGUUUCUUUCUUUUGCUUUUAUUGAUAAGACGAAACAAUAUUUAUGCAUUCUUUGUUUGUAUGUUCCGCCAGUUGUAUGUUCGUUCGUGGUUUUUUUUUAUAAUAAAAUGAUACUUUGAACCGAGCCACUUCA